UUUAUACAAUGAGAGAACAAAUAUCAAACCCCAAAAGAAGUAAAGAUUUGUUUGAAGAAGAACAAUGAGAAGUACUACUACUACUACUACACAUGGGAUAACAAAACGGACAAGGCUCAUUAGAGUUCUAGGAAGAAGCUUGUUGGGAGUUAUAUUCCUUGUUGCUCUUGGAAUGAUCAUAUGUUGGCUUGUUGUCAUCCCCAAAUCCCCACGUCUCAUUGUGGAAACUGGCAAAGUCAUAGCCCAUAGUUCAACUAUUAGUAUGCUCAAUGCCACCAUAGCUUUCACUGUCAAAAGCUACAACCCUAACAAAAGAGCCUCCAUUCACAUGGAUUAUAUGAGGAUGAUAGUCGAUAACAUGGGCGUGAGGUUUUCCUCCGCCAUCCCCUCCUUCACCCUCACGCCCAGAAACCAAACCGUCUUGUCGUCAGCCGUCCAAGUCAACUUUGAAUACCCAUUUGGGUACACGGAAGAGAUAAACCCAGAACUUCAAUUCUCAGCUGAAGUCAGUUACAGUAUCAAGAAAUGGAUGUCAAAACCUCGAUUGCUUGAGAUAUAUUGUAAUCAUAUCUUGCUUAAAAUCAAUGAUUCAACCGCGUUUGAUAAUACCAAAUGCAAAGUGGAUUUUUGAGAUUUGACGAUCUUGAGGAUACAGUUCUUGCUGAAUAAUCCCAAAGAACACAUUUGUUACCCAAAGUUACAUUUUUUUUUUUGUUUUAAUUAAUUGUUUCUUUACAAAUUGAGAGUUCUUUUUUUUUUUUUCGGAUAAUGAAGAAAAAUGGUUAUGAAAGAUUUGAGAUUGAGAAAAGUGAGGUGAAAAUAUAGAUUAUAAUUUGUUGUAGUGUACGAAGAAAAAUAAUAUGUGUGUGUAUAAUUUACUUUGGAGAAAGGGAAAGAAACUCAUUUUUUUA